CUCGCUCCACCAAAUGCCAGAUGCCAGCGCCCACAUCUUUUUGCCUUUGCCCGGCGCAUCAUGUUGAGCAGGACGGCCCCCCGCGCAGUACCUCGAACGAGCGCAAUCGCACGCUGCGAAGCGCAAACCCCGCUAACGAGAUGCUCACAGCUGCCCGCUAAGCCAUGGCGGCCAACACAGCAGCAACUGGGACGGCGCUAUCGCUCCACGAUGCGGGAACAGUUCCGGGAGCAAUACCACAAGAGCCCCGUGUUAUUCCCCUUUGCAAUUGGGUCUAUCGCCCUCGUGGCCGGCAUCUGCGUCUUCUACAUACCGUGGUACUACAAGAACGUCAUCAUCAAGCCCUACCACAACUUCCCCGAGCCCGUCGCAAAGAAGCUACGCAGAGCUCUCUUCUACAGCCGCGGCCAAUGGCUUGAUAUCCGCGAAGCCAACAAGCACUUCCGCCAGGCGCUGGCUCUGGCCGACGAGAUGGGCAUGGAUCCCUUUAGCGACGAGAUCAUGGGCGUCAAGUACACCAUCGCCGCCCUGUUUGAGGAUGCGGGCUACUACAGUCUAGCUAUCGAUGUGUUGGAGAUUAUGCGUAACGACUGCCAGAAAUGGGUGGACGAGUUUUCGGAUAGGCAUUGGACAAAUGGGAAUAGAAGCAGGGUGAAGAAGAACAUGGUGCAAAUCAAUCUGAAGCUGGGCCAGCUUUACGAUGUGAGAUAUGUCAAUGAGCCCGAGAACGGAGAGAAGAGACUGGUUGAGGCUGUUGAGAGCGCACUCAAGGAACAACAAAGACGGGAGAAGGAGGGCGUCAAGAACGGCGAGGGACCAUGGCUGACCAACGACGAGAUGGGUGGUGUACUCGAAGCUCUCGGAACACACUAUGAGCAAUUCGACUCGCACUACCUCGCCGCACCCCUCUUCGUCAAAGCCCUACAGCUCUGCCCACCCACCUCAUGCCACAGCGUCGUCCUAAUGAACAACAUAUCCACCUGCCUCGUCCAACAAACGCCCCCCUCCGCCUCCUCUUCCAACGCCAUAACCAUGUCCGACGCCCCCACCGACUUCCCCGUCUCAAACUCCGCGCCCCGCACCCUCGCCAUCGACCAAGCGCGGCAAUGGGCAGAACGAGCGUUAGCACAGGCGAGUCAGAUCAAGGCAUCUGAAAGGAAUGAGGAAUGCGACAUGGGCUGUGCUGUUGCGACGCAUAACUUAGGCGAGUUCUUGGAGAUGGAAGGCAAGAUUGGAGAGGCGAGGAAGAAAUAUGAGGAGGCGGCGCAAUUGGCGAAGAAGAUGGGGUUUGCGGAGGGGGUGACGAAUGCGAGGGCGGGGGUGAAGAGGUGUAAGGAUGUGGAGAGGAAGGGCUGAGGAUGGGUAGAGGAGAUGUGAUACGAGAUUGUGGCAUACUCGAACAUGUUGGAAAGAGCUCGCGCGUAUCGUUGAAUGCUGUGAAGCUCACGCACUUCGCCAUUACGCUCAUGUUCCGGGACACAGACUGCUGGGUCGGUAGGUUUAGAAGUAGCUUUGAGCUACAAGUCAACAGCGAAGGUUAUUCUCACCUCACCAUGUACACGCCGUAAUACGAAAAGCACGUCGUUUGUAAUCACGAUGUCGACUAAACCAGCUAGACGAUGCUUAAACCGAAGAGGAAGAGUGAAGCUGAUCAAUCAUGAAGAAA